AUGCCAGAUAUAAGCACACUUCUUACACGGUUACAAAAUGCUAUACCAAUUAUUGCCAAUCUUUCAUUUAUACCUUCAGUAUUUGGUUACGAUGAAAAUAAACCAGAUGAAAUAGCCGUUAUUGGACGUACCGGAAGUUAUGUAUAUUGGUUUAAUUCAUAUAAUUUAAUAUAUAUACGAAAUGUUACGAUUCAUAAUACCUCGCUAAGCUUUGCAUUACAUAAUAACUCAGUAUUAACUGCUAUUGAUGGAACACCAGCUAUUAAAAUAUAUGAUACUCAACUGGGCAGUUUGAUAGUAAAUAUAAAUCAUACAAUCUUGGGUAUAUUAAGAAAAUAUAUUUUUAUUAACAACGAUCAAAAUCUAAUUAUGACUGCUCAAAGUAAUCAAUCAAUUGCUAUUUUUAAUAUUGAUUCUCCGAUAAAUUAUACGUUUCAGCAAGCUAUUCCAGUUCCAUUCGAUGUUCACGGUCUCGCUACGGUUAACGAUACAUUUCUCUAUGUUUCAUCUUGGAACACCUUACGAAUUGCGGCUUAUAUUUAUGAAAAUUCAACGUGGAAAUAUCAAGCGUUUGGCAAUAACACUAUAAAUGGUUCUGGGUCUCAUAUAACCAUCGAUGAUUGUGGACGAGUUUGGCAAAUAGUUAGACCAUUUGGAUUACGUAUUUAUGAUCAAUCAGGAAUAAUAAUCGCCAAUUGGAAUAUGAGUUUAGGAUCGGGCAGUAUAUAUGAUCUUCUUUUUCUUACUAAUUAUAUUUUAUUAGUGACACGAAGAGAAAAUCAACAAAUAAUUCGUUACGAUCCUCAAGUAACAUGUCCAUAA